UUAGCACCUAGCCAGUUAAUUUGUAAGCAGAGAGUGCGAUGGAGAAGGCUGACCCGAUGCUGGCGAUGUCGGCGAGCACCGACGUUGUAGCUAACUGCUCGCCAAAUGCUCUGGCGGUAGGCCUUUGGGAUGGCCAGCAGUUGGAGCUCAUGUCGUCCUCCCCCGGCAGCAACGGCGACUAUCCCAUGAAUCCGCUGCUGUUGGCGUCGGUGUGCUUCGGCUCCUCGGGUGCACUGUCUUAUCUUUUCAGCAGGGAAGACGCACAAAAGCCACUAAUGAUAAUGCCUGCUCCAGAAUUUCUUGACUUGCUAACCCCUGCCAGCAGCACCAGAACAAGACUGACGGUGCCACAAGCUUCCGGCGAUGUAGAAGAUGGCGUAACUCAGCCUAAUUGCUUGCCUGCAGCAGCCCUGCUUCUCAAGGGUGUCACCGCUCAGGGGGACACCGCGCUGCAUGCAGUUGCCGGCCAUGGGGACAGCCCGGAAUUCCUCAAGUGUGCUAGCAUCAUUAACGAGAGGGACCAACACCUCCUCUUUGCAGUUAAUGCCAAGGGUGACACUCCCUUGCAUUGUGCUGCCAGAGCUGGCAACCACAAAAUGGUCUCCUACCUCAUCAAACUAGCUGCAGCUGCAAGUCGCAACGGUGUGCGCAAACUCUUGAGAAAGGAGAACAACGGUCGUAAGGAGACGGCGCUGCACGAUGCUGUCCGCACUGGAAAUGAAUAUAUCGUGGAGCUUCUACUGGAGGCUGAUCCUGAGUUGGCUCAUUAUCCUGCAGAAGACGCAUCACCGUUGUACCUAGCAAUUUUACUGGAAAGGGACUCCAUUGCACGGGCAUUGCAUGAUAUAACCAAGGGGAAUCUCUCGUAUCAUGGACCCGGCCGGCAAAAUGCACUACAUGCUGCGAUUCUUCGAGGCGCAGAGAUGACCAAGGAUGUGCUGAAAUGGAAUAACAGUCUUACCACACAAGUGGACAAAGAUGGUAGCACACCUCUUCACUUCGCUUCAUCACUACAUCGUCGGUUAUAUCGUCCACUGGAAGACGACGAUUAUAUUAUUCCUGGCUUAUGGCAUUCAGAUAUAUUCAUGCAAGUAUUCAAUGCUAACCCGGCACCGGUGUAUCAGGCAGACAACAAAGGAUCGUUUCCCAUACAUAUAGCUGCCUCUCUAGGUGCCAAAAGUGCCAUAGGCAUUAUUCUUGAGAAAUGUCCUAGCAGUGCUGGAUUGCGUGAUGCUCAAGGAAGGACAUUCCUUCACAUUGCCGUUCAGUAUAAGAGAUUGCAAAUAGUCUCCUUCGCUUGCAGAACUCCAUCUUUAGCUUGGAUAUUGAAUAUGAAAGACAACGAUGGGAACACCGCAAUGCAUUUAGCUGUCAAGGUUGGUUGGCUACGAAUUUUUGCUUCUUUAUAUGGGAAUAAGGAGGUUCAUUUGAGUUUAAUAAAUAACAAUGGACAAACUCCCCUCGAUCUAUCCAGAAGCUUGAUUCCUCGCGGGAUGCAUUAUUCCCAGAACAGUGAGAAAAAGAUAUAUGUGGCACUCAUAUGGGUUGAUGCCAAACACAGCGGUCUCCGCUGGGAUCAGAUUUAUGAAAAGUAUUCUCAACCAAUGAAACCAGAGGACAAUAUCAAAGAAGCAGAGAGGGUGAAAGAUGCAAGCCAAUUGCUAGGCAUUGGCUCGGUUCUAAUAGCAACUGUGGCGUUUGGAGCGACGUUUGCUGUUCCUGGAGGAUACAAAGCUGAUGAUCAUGCAAAUGGAGGGACACCAACACUUUCUGGGAGGUAUACCUUUGACGCAUUCAUGAUAGCUACCGCACUAGCUUUCAUUUGUUCCUCAAUAGCUACCACUGGUCUCAUGUUCUCUGGAAUUUCCAUGGUCAACUUGAGGAGCCGCCAAAUUAACUUGGCCACAUCUGAGUUCUUUAUGGGAGGUUCACUCACAUGCUUAUCUACUGCUUUUGCAUUGGGUGUGUAUAUAAUGCUAGCUCCGGUUUCUCACGCUACUGCCAUUGCAAUAUGUGUGUUUAGUCCUCUUGUGGUGUUGUGUAGACAUUGUGAAUACUUAGUAAAAUGGGCUAUUCUUGCACGGCCGUUGUGCAUCAGGUUGAAACCAAUUACAGCAUUAACAGAGUUAGUAGGCAUGAUCUUCAGCCAAAUGCAACGUGCACUCUGGCCCUUUAUACUUAUCUUUGGUUUGGCCGCAAUUGCACGGAAGCUCCGGGACCAGUAAUACCAAGAAACAUCAAGUACGUGAUUAGCAGUUGAAGCUAAAUAAUCGGGUUAGCUAAGCUUGUAACAAAAAGUUUGUAAGCAUAUGAGCCUGGAAUAAUAUGUAUUAUGUGGACGUUUU